CGAGGCUCCUCCCUGAGAGUUUGUGAAAACAUUCCAGCAAAGUGAGAGCGGUCAAAGAAUUGGAAACUCUCAGAGCGGCCUCUUGCUCUCUCUCUCUGUCUCUAUCCUUCUCACCUCUUCGCACAUGUAGUUGCAGCAGCUGUAUAAAGGUGUUUAUAGGCUGUGUGAAACUCAUAAGGACAGUUCUGCAUCAAGGAGGAAAACCUGGAGAUUCCUCUGAAAUCUGGACAGACAAAGAAUCUCAGCUGUCCCAUUAAUCGGCUCACAAUGAAGCCGGUGUUAGUCCUCCUUGUUUCCACAGCCUGGACAUUCACGGGAGCCCAGUAUUACUACCAGGGGCUGAUGGAUUAUCUGGAGAACAGGUUAUUGGCUAUUGAGGACCGCAUGCAGUUUUGGCAUGAACAGUCCCGUCGCUACCACACAGAGCUGCUGGACUUCAAAAAGCUAACUGCGGAGACCAUGGAUGGGCUGAGGAAUGAGCACAGCAUGCUGUUCAAAGACCUGGAGGGAGCUGCAGUCCGAGUGGACCAGGUGGAGCGAGAGAUGGACUACGUGGAAACUCAGACUUCGCCCCGGGCCUGUGCGAAUAAGGCAGACAAGGUGGUGGAGCAGGGGGUCUGGGGACUGCAGGAGAGCAGAGGAGUGGAAGAGGAGGAAGACGAUUGGGAGGAGCUCCACUCCAGAGUCUCUGACUGUGUGGAAAUCAUCUCUGGCAUCAGAUCAGUGAAAAUCCUGAAGAGAGUGGGCGGUCCCAAGGGCGUGUGGACCAGAGACCCCAGGUCAUCCAAGGUGUACGUCUUUAAUGGGACAUCAGGAGACAUUAUCUACCAGUUCAACUCGGUACGUGACUUUUCCCGCUCUCCAGGAGUCACUAGCAGCAGACAGAUCAGGCUGCCCUCUGAUUGGAGCGGUGCUGGUGGUGCUGUUUAUAACGACUACUUGUAUUACAUACAACAGGAGGGUGAUAUAGACUUGCAGGUGGUCAAAUAUGACCUGCUUAGUGGCUCAGUGACAGAUAUCGCCAUGUUUCCUGUGGACAGUCACGCUACUGUUUACAGCCUAAACUCAGAAACUGUUGCAGACCUCGCAGUGGAUGACGAGGGCCUCUGGCUCCUGUACGCCACCAGUGACAGUGAACCAAACAUCAACCUCGCAAAGAUGGACCCUGCCACGCUCGAUAUAGAACAAAUCUGGGACACCCGGUGCCCGAGGGAGAAUGCGGAGGCGGCUUUCGUUGUCUGUGGAACUGUCUACGUCGUUUACAACACCCGCCUGCCCAGCCGCUCCCGGGUUCAGUGCGUGUUUGACGUCAACGACAUGGUGAUCAGCGAGGAGGCUCCCCUGCUUUACUUCCCCAGGAGGUACGGCGCCCACGCUAGUCUGAAAUACAACCCCGAGGAGAAACAGCUCUACGGCUGGGACGAUGGCUACCAAAUAAUUUACAGGCUGACCAUGAAGAGGAAGCUCUUGGUUUGACAGCAGGGAGGUGGUGUCAUUUUUUCAAAGGCAAGGAUAGAAAAUAGGAGCUUGUAUCCACCUUAUUCCUAAUCCCAUGACACUUUGCAUGAGUUACGGGACUUGCAGUUAUUACUUUAACAGAACUGACGUCUGAAAUUGUUAAUGAUGUGCAACGUGUCUUAGGGAUUUUUGGGAAUUAAGUGAUACAGCAUGUCAAACUUACACCGCAAAUUCGCUUUCAUGUCGAAAGUCAGAUGAAAAGAUUCGUAUCACUGUCAUGUCUGCCACCGCCAUCAGUUUGUUAGCGUACACUUUAUAUGUAUGGAUUAAACAAAUGAGAUACAACACAACAUGUUGACUAGUGAGCUCUGCAGGUGCGAUAAGCUAGCCUUUGGAGAGAGUAGGGCCAGCUGUUCCCCCUAGUUUCCAGUCUCUGUGCUGGAAGUUUUUCUUUAAACAGGAUAAUAUGAUCAUACCUCUUCCUGCUGCUGCUUGAUUAUGAAUCAGUAAAGCAGCUAGUGUACGUUAUUUGAGGCCACUUUGUCAAGUCGCGCUCCCUCCAUAGAAGGCCUCUUAUUAUCAUAUUAUCCUGUUUAAAGGUGAGUCCCCACAUCAUUUAUUCACUGUUAUCUCUAAAAAAAAAAAAAAAAGCAUGUUGCUAACUCUCACAGACACCAGUUCAGUGAAAGGAAUGACACACUCGUUAUUCAUGGGGCUAUGGGAAUAAGGUGGACACUAAAAUCUUCAGUAGCUUUGCACUUACCUCACAUCCUGUAGACUCACUCACAGAUACUGUUACUCAAAUUUAGAAAUAAAAUAGCUUUUCAAAGUAUUAUUUAUUAAAUUUAUCCUCUUCUUUUUGUGUAAAAUACCGAAAAAAAAAAAAAAGACACAAAAACGCCACUCAGUAGAGCCUGUCGAGUCUUACUCUGCUCUGUGGUGUGUGUGUGUGUGUGUCCUGUCCUCCUCUCCUUUAAUUUGUCCAUUUGAUUCAGUAGGAAUCUCAUUUCCUUUGUGCCUCUUCCUGCUUGUUAAGCCACUGGCUGCACUGUUAUCAUAUGGUGAGUCUGAAAAAUAACAAUGGCGAGCCAAUUUUUGCAUAAGUCUUUUAAUCAAAGCAAAGAAAAAUCAGGUCACAGAACCGAUAACACAUCACACCCCAUGGGAGAAAAAAAACAAAAAACAACAACCUCUUCUCUGCUGUUUGAUUUUCAGACUUGUUGAAACAAAAGAAUGACAAUUUGUGGCAGAAAUACUGUAUGCUAUUUCAGUUUUACUUUAUUAAACACUGGGUCACUCAUA